AUGCAAGAAAGUACACAAGAGGAAACAGCAGCAACAGCAGCAGCAGCAGCAGCAGCAGCAACAGCAACAGCAGCAACUACACAUGGAGGCCUCGAUGAGCUGCUUGCUCUGCCUGCGGAUUUCUUGGGUCCCCUGACGGAGGAGGAGGAGUCUCCUGCUGCUGCAGCAGCAGCAGCAGCAGCAGCAGGAGCAGCAGCAGGAGGAGCAGCAGGAGCAGCAGCAGGAGCACGAACAGCAGGAGAAGCAGCAGGAAUAGAAGAGAGCAGCAGCAAGACAAGAGCUCGUCUAUGUAGAGCCUUUACUCUGUCUAGGCUGCUAGCCAAAGCAGCAGCAGCGCAGCAGACUGAUGAUAGAGCAAAGAGAGUCCCCAUGUGGUCUGUAGUUACACCCUAUGAACACAUUCCUGCUGCUGCAGGCCCCAUCGCCCCCACCACCAGCAGCAGCAGCAGCAGCAGCACCACCACCACCAGCAGCAGCAGCAGCAGCAGCAGCAGCAGCAGCAGCAGCGGCAGCAGCAGCAGCAGCAGCAGCAGCAGCAGCAGCAGCAGCAGCUUGUUGGUGUCUCCAUUCAGAGCAGCAGCAAUCGUUGAGUCUAUAGCGAGCUUAAUGCUGCUGCUAGCGCGAACGAAGCUGCCGCUGCUGGAGGGGCCUUUGCUGCAGAGCAAGAUAGCAGCAGCAGCAGCAGCAGCAACAGCAGCAACUGCUGCAGCAGCAAGACAAACCGCAACUAGUACUAACACCUUACCCUCAGCAGCAACAUCAUCAACAACAACAGCAGCAACAGCAGCAGCAGCAGGAGCAGGAGCAACAGCAGCAGCAGAAGGACCAUCAGCAGCAGCAGCAGGAGCAGCAGCAGCAGCAGGAGCAGCAGCAGCAGGAGAUAAAACGGAGGAAGCAAAGCUGCUGCAGCGUUUUCUUAAGGUGUCUAGACAGCUGCUGCUGCGGCCCUUUAGCUGCUGGGUUUAUGAGAACGGAAAAAUAACAAAAGAGGAGACAGGGAGACACCACGCGGGCUUCGAAGCAGAAGGAGCUGAAGUUCUCUCUUCUUGCUAUUGUAAACUUUUGCUGCUGCUGCUGCUGCUGCUGCUCCUGCUGCUGCUGCUGCUGCUGCUGUUCGUGCUGGUGGUGGUGUUGUGGGUGGUGGUGGUGUGGGUGGUGGUGGUGGUGGUGGUGCUGCUGCUGCUGGUGGUGGUGCUGCUGUGGUGGUGCUGCUGGUGGUGGUGCUGUGGUGGUGGCGGUGAUGGUGGUGGUGUUGCUGCUGUUGCUGUUGAUGUUUGUGUUGCUGUUGUUUGUGGUGUUGUUGAUGCUGCUGCUGCAGUUAUUCAUGCUGCUGCUGCUGGUGUUGCUGCUGCUGUUGCUGCUGCUGCUGCUGCAGUCUCUGUCUGA